AUGCCACGCUCACCCGUGCUCUUUCUCCUGCUCCUUCUAAUGCAGCCGCAGCCGGCACCCGGCCUCGGGCUCCGCGGCGCGGGCGGCCAGAGCCCCGAGUGCGAUCUGUGCCGGCCGGAGCGCUGUCCCGAGCCCGCGCGCUGCCCCGCGCCCAGCAUCGCGGCGCGCGACGAGUGCGGCUGCUGCGCGCGCUGCCUGGGCGCCGAGGGCGCGAGCUGCGGGGGGUGGGCCGGCGUGCGUUGCGGCCCCGGGCUGGUGUGCGCGAGCCGCGCUGCGGGGGCCGGGCCCGAGGGCACUGGGCUCUGCGUGUGCGCGCAGCGCGGCGCCGUCUGCGGCUCCGACGGCCGCUCGUACCCCAGCGUUUGCGCGCUGCGCCUGCGCGCCCGGCAGGUGUCCCGCGCGCACCCCGGCCACCUGCACAAGGUGCGGGACGGACCCUGCGAAUUUGAGCGACCUCGGUCGGGCAAGUUCCCGCCCCGACUGGGUCUCCAAGAGCCCACUGGCUGUCGGAGAGCAGGUCUCAGAACACCCCUCCACCUCGGAACCCGGGCCGCGCUAGUCCGGGGCCUAGCUGCCGAGCGCGGGAGCCCCGCGGUGCAGGCCCGGCCAAUCAGCGACUGCGAGGCGGGCGGGGUGUAG